CAAAUAGCACCUUAGAGGAUCCGUUCGGAUAUUCUCAUUGCGCAGAGGGUUGUCUCUCUCUGGCAGCCGGUAAAUGCCAGUGGCUGCAUUGCCUUAGAGGUCUGAGGUUUUGGGAGGUGGGAGUGGCCAACGUCCACCCCCCACCCCCCCUUGUGAAUGAGACACUAAGGCUGACUUCAACACAGCGUUCCCUCACUGGGCCAUGCUGAGGAUGGAGGCCAGGAUCACUCGCCUCUGCUGCCUGCUGGUCCUCUGCUCUCCGGGGAGCAGCCAGUGGUGGGGAUUUCUCUGGGGUGGCGGGGAGAUCCCCACAGCCCCUGGAAGCACCAUGACAGCAAAUGCAGGUCCUGGCCAUCCGGGGGAGGAGCGCGAGGAGCUGGCCAGUACUGAUGCCACUGCCGGGAAGAUCAGGGAGAGCAGCCUUGCCAGAGAACCGGUUGUUGAACCCAAGGCUAAGAAGAGACUUCUAAACCUCUGGAGGAGCGACCGGAACACUAAGGACAACCUGAACUUGCUGGAGUUAAUUGGAGUGCCCCUCCCCCCCUCUGUCUCCUUCAUUACUGGAUAUGAGGGCUUCCCGGCCUACAGCUUCGGGCCGGACACCAACAUUGGGCGGCUCACAAAGACGUUUGUGCCUGACCCUUUCUAUCAUGACUUCGCCAUAAUCGUCACCGUAAAGCCGAUCACGGACAGAGGGGGUGUGCUGUUCGCCAUCACCGACGCCCUGCAGAAGAUGGUGUAUCUGGGCGUCGUCCUGACGCCAGUGGAAGACCAGACGCAGAGAAUUGUCCUGUACUACAGCGAGCCGGGGAGCUCCAGCUCCCAGGAUGUGGCGUCUUUCAAGGUGCCGAGCAUGACUGGCCGCUGGAGCCGCUUCACCCUGGCCGUGCAGGCGCGCGAGGUGCGGCUCUACAUGGACUGCGAGGACUUCCAUGCCGUGGCCAUGCAAAGGCUCUCCCAGAGCCUGCGGUUUGAGGCCGGCUCGGGCGUCUUUGUGGCCAACGCUGGUGGGACUGGUCUGGAGAGAUUUGUGGGCUACAUGCAGCAGCUGCUGAUCCGGCCAGACCCCCGAGCGCCAGAGGAGCAGUGCGAGGAGGAUGACCCCUACGCCUCUGGAGAGGGCAGCUCUGAUGACAGCCUGGAUGACCGUGAGAUGACAGAUGAGGUGGUGAAGAGGGAGAGGAGGCCCACGACUUCACAGAUGGAGGGAAGGCGGAGCUCCCCAGUACAAGCCCCGCCCACAGAAAGUCCCAAAGGAGACGAGCCAGAGGAAUACUCUGGUCAGGUGACCCCCACCGUGGAGCCUGCUGAGGAGAGCUCAGUGUACAGACUGGACCCAACCGAUGAGCUGGGAGAGCCAUACAGGACGGUGGACCCCAGCCAAGGACAGAAGGGAGAACGUGGGGAUCCGGGCCCUGCAGGCCCUCUUGGCCCUCCGGGGCCACCUGGUCUCCCCAGUCCGUCAGUAGAUGGAAAUUCUCAAGCAGCUCAGCCGGGUCCCAGAGGCCCCCAGGGACCGAUGGGACCUCCAGGUCCAGUGGGAAAGCCAGGAAAAGAUGGCCAGCAUGGAGAUCGGGGCAGAGACGGCGACCCCGGUAGCAGGGGUCCUCAGGGAACUCCUGGUUUUCCUGGAGAAACUGGAGCCAAGGGAGACAAAGGUGACCACGGAGUUGGCCGCCCCGGACCACCAGGACCACCUGGACCACCGGGACCACCAGGCCGGCUCUUGGGUGCCAUCGAUGGCUCCGGCUACAGUGACCUUGACAGCGAUUCAGAGCCCAUUCGAGGCCCUCCUGGCCCCCCUGGCCCACCGGGGCCCCCGGGGCCCAGUGGCCCCUCAGAUGGCCCUUAUCUGCCGGGGACUAGGAAAGAAGGGGGAAAAGACCAGCAGGGGCUGCCUGGUUCUCCUGGUCUCAGAGGGAUGCCUGGGCCCCCAGGGGUCAAAGGAGAGAAGGGUGAGCAGGGUGCUGUUGGAGAAGCUGGACCAAAGGGUGAACAAGGCGAUCCAGGGGUGGCUGGACCCCCAGGACCAGUGGGAACUCAGGGGCCAGUGGGUCUCCCUGGACGUGAAGGCCCCCCCGGGCCCCCGGGGCCCCCAGGACGUACAGCUUGGGUCCCAGUCUCCGACCCAGAGGACCUGGACGGGUCCGGAACCUCGCCUGUGUUUGCAAGUCACAGAGGCACUCUGGGAAUUCCUGGUCUGCCUGGCCCUCCUGGACUUCAGGGUCAGAACGGAGCUCCCGGGCCUCCCGGCACUGCAGUGAAGGGUGACCGUGGCCCCCCAGGCCCCGAUGGCCCCCCCGGCCCAGCAGGCCUGCCCGGACCCAUGGGACCAGCUGGGAAGAAGGGCGAUCCAGGACCAAAGGGAGAGCUGGGCCAGAAUGGGAGAAGCAUCGUGGGCCCACCGGGGCCCCCGGGACCCCCUGGACCAGCCGUUAACCUGCAGGAUCUCCUUACUGACGCAGAGGGAGUAUUUAACCUCAGCUGGAUCCCGCCCCCCCCGGGCCCUCCGUCUCAGGGUCCCGAAGGCACGCCUGGACGCCCCGGAUUUCCCGGGCCAAGGGGCCCGAAGGGGGACAUUGGAGUGCCGGGUGUCCAUGGGCCUCCGGGACUGAAGGGCGAGAAGGGAGAGCCGGGCACCGUCGUCGCCGCAGACGGGUCCCUGGUGUCUGGGCUGCGGGGUCCCCAAGGCCCCAAAGGGGUUAAGGGUGACCACGGCACGCCUGGAGCUCCUGGAUUUGUGGGGCCAGUAGGACCUCAAGGACCAAAGGGAGAAUACGGCUUUCCUGGGCGUCCAGGUCGACAUGGAGCUGCAGGCAGGAAGGGCGAGAAAGGAGACUCUGCGGGUCUGCCGGGUCCACCAGGACCUCCCGGACCACCGGGAAUCCCAGGACGCGUCAUUGGCCUGAACGGGACAGUCUUUCCGGUUCCUCCGCGACCUCACUGCAAAACAGCAGUGAGCGGUGAUCGGGACGCCCCACAAGGCUCAUCUGUGGGACGGGACAGGAGGAGGGAAGCCAUGGGGGCCAAAGGAGAAAAGGGGGAGCCAGGACCUGCGGGGGAGCCAGGACCGCCAGGUCCCAUACUUCCUGACAACUUCGUGGGGAACAAGGGAGACAGAGGCUACAAAGGGGAGAAGGGGCAGAAGGGAGACGCGGGGGCCCUGGGCCCCCCCGGGCUGCCCGGCAGGUCGGGCCUGGUGGGCCCCAAAGGAGAAUCUGUCAUUGGUCCCCCAGGACAUCCUGGCAUCUCAGGGCCAGCGGGAAGCCCAGGGUAUGGACAUCCAGGACCGCGUGGCCCCCCUGGUCCUCCGGGGCCCCCCGGGCCUCUUUCCCUGUAUGGCUCAGCUGUUUCUAUUCCGGGGCCUCCAGGCCCUCCUGGACUUCCAGGGUCGCCCGGACACGGAAACCCGGUUACGACAUACAGAGACGGUGACACUCUGGUACGGGAGAUGUACCGCAUGGCGGAAGGCACCAUGGCCUAUGUGUUGGAUAAAGGCGAGCUCUACAUCCGUGUGAGAGAGGGCUGGAAGAAGGUCCAGCUUGGAGAGCUGAUCCCCAUCCCUGCUGACAGCCCAUCAUCAGCCUUGUCUCAGGAGCUGAAAUGGGGAGAGGUGGAGCCAAAAAAACCCAACAUUCUGAGCCAGGAGUUCCAGGAGCUGCCAGGCUAUAGCACCCUACCAAGCAUGUAUCACAGAGCCUCUGGGCUCCACCUGGUGGCCCUGAAUGCCCCGUUCUCAGGUGACAUGCGUGGCAUCCGGGGGGCCGACUUCCAGUGUUACCAGCAGGCCCGUGCCAUGGGGCUGGUGUCCACCUACAGAGCCUUCUUGUCAUCACACCUGCAAGAUCUCGUCACCAUUGUAAAGAAGGGCGAUCGUGACACCGUGCCAGUCGUUAACCUCAAGGGGGACAUGCUCUUCAGUAGCUGGAUGGCCAUCUUUUCUGGAAACGGCGCCGUGUUCGAUCCCCAGAUCCCCAUCUAUUCCUUUGAUGGACGGAAUGUGAUGACAGACCCGUCUUGGCCUCAGAAGCUGCUGUGGCACGGCUCCAGCGAGGGGGGCAUCCGCAGGACGUCCAGCUACUGCGAGGCGUGGCGUGCGGGGGACACGGCCGUGACGGGGCAGGCCUCCCCGCUGCUCAGCGGCCUGCUGCUGGGCCAGAACACGCGCAGCUGCUCCAACCGCUUCGUCGUGCUCUGCGUGGAGAACAGCUUCAUGCCCCCCCCGGGCAGGAACUGAGCAUAGGUCCCUAAACCGCAGAGAACCAACCCCGCCCCCCAAAAUCAGGCAAUGUCUCCUCCCGUUUUUUAAUUUUGUUGUUUCCAUGUGUCACUUUUUCAAAGAUGUAAAUAUAUGUAAAUCAAUCCCUGAUGCUGCAGUUUGUCCCCCUCAUUGUCCAAUCAGCAGAAGGAAUGCCAAAGAGCUGAUACCUCAAGUGCCAUACCCCCCCCACAGGAAGUCGCCCUCUCCCUCCUGCUGUCUGGUCACUCCCCCCCCUCCCCCCUUCAGCUUCUGACAUUUAAAUGGAUUUAAAUGACAUUUAAAUGACAUAAUUUAAGAAGACAAAUAUCCUCGCCGCAGCUGAUUAACGUUCCUGUCCAUGUUCUAGUAAGAGAACCAUUAUUACUUCCUAACCAAUCGCUCAGCACCAUUUAAAAUGUUUGUUUCAUCCCAGAGGCUUCAACACACUCCUUUUUUAAAGGGUUCUAAGGGUUUGUGGUGUCGGACUCACACCUUUUUAUAUGUAAAAUACGUUCAGUGUUUUAAUUUAUACGGCAUAGCAUAAUACUAAUAAAACAAGUGGUUCAUGUUAGAUUUUUUGAUGAAGACACAAACACUACUGUGCAGAGUGGUAUUGCCUUUAAUAGCAGUAUGUCUGUAAGGCAUCAGGUUUCAUGUAUUAACAGUUCUAAGGUUCCAUACUAGGAACCAACUGCUUGAAGAAUAAAAUGAUGUGUGUAAGUGA